AUGCCAGGCCGAACAAAACAGAAGUAUCCCGUGUCGAUACCCGAACUCAGCGAGACCGAGAUAAAACUGCUAAUUGAAGCCCUCCAAACAGACACUCCGCAAAGUAUCUUCACCCAAAAUGCAAAAACCUACGUUGAACAUACUCAUACUGCUAUCAGGUCGCUGCCUCCAAGUCUGCGUGCAAAAAUCGGUAUCCACCUCAUCCCCACCCCUGCCUUCUUUAGCACUGCAGCCCUAUGCAGCGUCCACAAGGGCCUUAACAAGUACAUCAUUAGCCAUUUUAUCCGGAUGAUCAAGCGCGAAGUCAAAGGACACUUGGGCAGUCUCACUGAAUACACCUGGGAGCCUCCAAAGCCAUACCUUGACGUCGUGAUAUGCACACUACGGUCACUUGCGGGUAUGUGGUGCUCUCCGUCUUCGUCUGGAGAUACCAUUUGUCCCAAGAACCCAGUCCCAUACCAGGCCAAUAAGUGUGAAGCAUGUAUGAUGGCUCGGAUACUCAUGGAUCAAAAGUGUGUACAGUAUCUUCGCGCAACAGUCCUCAGCCGAAUAAGAACGACAUGUAACUACCGAGCCCCAAAGUUACGCCGCGUCACCGACACAAUCAUCAGGACGUAUGACAAAGGACAGCAACAGGAGAUCAUCAUGUCCAGUUCAAAGAUCGCUUUCGAGUUGAAACGGGCCCGAAAGGAAGCACAUCAUAUCAAAACCGGACACCUACGUGGGAAUCUCAAGGACAAACAUGAAUAUCUUUCUCAGCCACGGUCCAGAUCCCUUGAUGAUGAUGAUGCUGAUAGCCCUGACUGUCGACCCGUAAGCUCAAUAACAGUCGACUUUUGCAUGAUCCAAGAGGCACCUCCGCCGGAAGAGAAAGCAAUCGGCCCACAGGAGAUGGGUCAAUUCUCCCAAAAUCAUAGUCAGCCCAUAGAUCUACACGAAACCGAGAAUGCGAGCCACACAACGGGAUUCUCAUUGUCCGAUGACUUAUUCAUGAGUCCAGAAGAAGCCGCGUUUGCAAAUAAUCCCGAAAACGAAGAAGAGAGACAACAGGACAUCCUCUUGGAAAUCAUCGAGUCCUACAUGGACCUUCGAAAUUCAUCGCUCAUCUCUCCCCAAAGCGCUUCUGCCUUGGCCCAACCUUACAUCAUCUCACCCCUGUCACCAAGAAAGAAUGAUUACCCUACUUUUCUCCACAUGGGAACGGGAGCAAAGAACGAAUACGACUCCAGGGACACGAUCAUCUCCCGACUGCGAACGCCACCAAGGCAUGGCGUUGACUGGGACCCAUUUCUCAAGAGAGGGAAAAUGGGCAGUCCCAUGGACAAGCUGAUUUCGCAAAUAGGGCAUCUGCUUGAUGAGCAAGAUGGGCUUGGUUCAAGGACCGCUUCUGAACGGGCCGAAUCAUACAUUGCUAUUAUUCCCGAGCGAGGAGAAGUCUAUACCACUGAUGGAGACGAUGAAGCGGCCAUAGAGCGGAGACGUGAACCCUCAGAUUCAAUAUGGCAGUCGACAAAUGGUAUUUGA